UUCCAACUUAUCGGCGUGGAAUUCUGUUUUCUUUUUUCUUUUUUUUUUUUUUUUCUGUUUUUUCCUUUUAGGGCCAAUGCAGCCGCAGAGUAUCCUUCACAACAUUCCAAAACCGGUUCUCUGCCUCCGUUUCUGAUGAUCAUCAUGUUUCUUACAGGAUUUGGUUCAAGUUCUUGCUCGCUACUCCUCUUUUUUAUGUAUUUGUUCUCUUUUUCCGUUCUGGUUUGUGCCUUGGACACCGUCCCACCAUCUCUAGAGAUCCAUGAACCCCAAACAAUAAGGUCAAAUAAUAGCAUGUUUACUCUAGGAUUCUUUAGUCCUGAGAAUUCCACGAAUCGCUACUUAGGAAUCUGGCUUAUGUCUGAAUCAACUAUUGUUUGGGUGGCAAACAGAGACGACCCAGUUACAGAUUCUUCUGGGAUUCUUACAAUAUCGGAGAAUGGCAAUCUUGUUGUUUUGAAUGGGCAAAAACAAGUUGUCUGGUCAACAAAUGUCUCACAUAUUGCAUCAAAUUCCAGUGUUCAACUCUUGGAUUCCGGCAACCUUGUCCUCACUGAUAGGACUACCGGAGCAAUGGUGUGGCAGAGUUUCCAACAUCCCUGUGAUACAUUAUUACAAGACAUAAAACUCAGUACUAAUCAACAAACAGGCGAGAAAGUGAAACUUACAUCAUGGAAAAGUACAUCUGAUCCAUCCCGUGGAAGAUUUUCUUUAGGUCUAGAGCAUCUUAAUUUUACUCAAGUGUUCAUUUGGAAAGAAAAUCGUCCUCACUUUCGUAGUGGUCCUUGGAAUGGUACAAACUUUCUUGGGGUACCUGGGACGUCAUCUAUGAUUGGAGAUGGCUUCCAAGUGAAAGAAGAUGAAGGAAUUUUUGAAAUUUCUUUUCAUUUCAUAGAAAAGUCUCUGUUGAUAACUUACGAUUUAGAUUCUCAAGGAAAAGUGUCAGAACAGAGUUGGGAUUUCCAGAAAAAUGCAUGGGAAUUGCGGUGGAGAAUUGGGGAUUCUGAGUGUGAUUUUUAUGGAAAAUGUGGUCCAUUUGGGAUCUGCAAUUCACAGAGCUCCCCAAUCUGUAGCUGCUUGAGAGGGUUUGAACCUAAGAACAAAGAAGAAUGGGAAAAGCAGAACUGGACCAGUGGAUGCGUGAGAAGGGAAGCACUUCAGUGUGUGAAAAACAAUAAUGGCUCUCAAGCUACUAGCACAACAGAUGGGUUUUUCAAGCUGGAGAGGGUGAAAGUACCAGAUCAAGCAGAGUCAUUACCAUAUAACUUCAGAGAUGUUGUUGAUUGUCGAACUCCAUGUCUGAAGAGUUGCUCUUGUAAAGCUUAUGCAUAUGACCCAGGCCUUGGCUGUAUGGUUUGGAGUGUAGAUUUACUUGACAUCUUGAGCAAUUCACCUGGAGGAGUGGAUCUUUACUUACGUUUAGCCUCCUCAGAACUUGAUACAGUUGGGAGGAGUAACAUGACAGCACCAAUUGUAAUAUCAAUUCUGACAGGAACAGUUGUCAUUAUUGCCUCUGGAUUUUUCCUAUGGAAAAAAUGGUCAAAGCAAAAAGGGGGAGUACAUAAGCAAAUUGUUGACGAAAGAAGGAAUACAAAACUGAAGCAAGCCAAAAUUCAAGAGUUAUCUUUGUUUGAUUUUAGAAAGUUGGCUACUGCAACAAACAACUUUGACUUGGCAAAUAAAAUCGGGCAGGGUGGUUUUGGCCCAGUUUACAAGGGAAAGUUGGAAGCUGGACAAGAAAUAGCAGUAAAAAGAUUGUCAAGAUCAUCUGGACAGGGUGUGGAAGAAUUUAUCAAUGAAGUGGAAUUGAUUUCUAAACUUCAACACCGAAACCUUGUUAGACUUCUUGGCUGUUGCAUUGAAGAAGAAGAGAUAUUAGUUUACGAAUACUUGCCAAACAAGAGUUUAGAUGCUUAUAUCUUUGAUCCACUGCAACAAAAGCAUUUAGAUUGGGGGAAGCGCUUCAACAUAAUAGAAGGAAUAGCUAGAGGAUUACUUUAUCUUCAUAGAGAUUCAAGAUUAAGAAUUAUACAUAGAGAUGUAAAAGCUAGUAAUAUAUUGUUAGAUGGAGAGAUGAAUGCAAAGAUAUCAGAUUUUGGGAUGGCUAAACUUUUUGGAGGUGAUCAAGAUCAAGCUAAUACAAAAAGAGUUGUUGGAACAUUUGGCUACAUUUCUCCCGAAUACGCAACUGAAGGAUUCUAUUCAGAGAAAUCUGAUGUUUUUAGCUUUGGUGUUUUGCUACUAGAAAUUAUUAGUGGAAGAAAAAACACAAGUUUUUAUGAAGAUGCAGAAUGUUUGACACUUUUAGGAUUUGCGUGGAAAUUAUGGAUGGAUGCCAAUGUUAUACCUCUAAUAGAUCCACAAAUUUAUGAUCCAAGCUUUCAGAACGAUAUAUUGAGGUGUAUUCAUAUAGGUCUUUUGUGUGUGCAAGAACUUGCAAAGGACAGGCCCAUUAUGGCAUUUGUAAUGUCAAUGCUUCAAAGUGAGAUUAUAGAUAUUCCUCCACCAAGACAACCUGCAUUCAUCUUCAGGCAAACAAUGUCUUGUGCAGCAAAGAAAGCUCUAGAAAAUAAUGAGUCAUGUUCCAUCAAUAUUGUAACUGUCUCACAUUUUGAGGGGAGAUAGACAAGUUUCUCUAAACCUUUUCUCUCCAAAAAUAUUUCACUUUGUUGGUCCAAGACAUUUAAUUUGUUUUCUGUAUAUAAUGAAUUUUUAUGGUCAUGUUCUCAUCUUUGAAUGCUAAAUUAUAAAUGCAAAUUUUGAUUUCUAUGGA